AUGUCAGUUAGUGAAAAGAUGAAACCAAACGCUUUUCAUUUAAUGCUGAUGAAUGCUUUUUGUUCGUAUUUAAAAUGCAUUUUCAACAUCGUCUUGCAAUCUACAACAUCACAUUCAAUUGGAGAAAUUUUAACAAGAAUUUAUUCCGGGAAAUUGGAUCCAAAUGAGAUUCUAUUAUUUUUAGACAAGUGA